UACCGACCGGGAAAAAAAAUAAAAAAAUAGACAGUCUGUCUUUGUUACACUUGUGUAUUUACUUAAUGGAAAAUACGUGUAAAUAAAUGUACAUCAUAGGUAUUUAUAAUAUGUAUUUUAAUGUCAAGUUUUAAAUUAGUAUUACAAUGGAUACGUGAAGAGAAAUCAAAACGUCAGCAGAUUUUUAUGCUUUCGUUGUCACACUUUCAGUCCAAGUUUCAAGUUUGACGUUUCUAUAUUUUGUUAAUAAAUAUGAAUAACAAUAAUAUUGUUACUUGUAUAGCUCCUGUUAAUAUUGCAGUUAUUAAAUAUUGGGGGAAGAGAGAUGAUGAUCUGAUUUUACCUGUCAAUGAUUCUAUCAGCUUGUCCUUAGACACUAAACAGUUAUGCACGAAGACUACUGUGAUGGCUAGUCCUAAUUUUAAGGAGGAUAAAAUUUGGUUGAAUGGCAGAGAAGAAUCAAUGAAUAAUAAAAGACUCCAAAAUUGUUUACAAAGGAUAAAAAGCAAAGUGACCUUGACAAACGAGAUGGAAUUAUGGAAAAUUCACAUUUGUUCAAACAACAAUUUUCCAACUGCGGCCGGUCUCGCGUCAAGCGCAGCUGGCUAUGCUUGUCUGACAGCAGCACUAGCCAAAUUGUACAAUUACACUGAAAAUAUCAGCGAAAUUGCUAGAACUGGAUCAGGAUCAGCAUGCAGAAGCGUCUUUGGCGGCUUCGUCAGGUGGUACAUGGGCUCUGAGCCAACUGGAGUUGACAGUAUCUCUAAGCAAAUAGCUCCAGCUUCCCAUUGGCCCGAGAUGAGAGUUAUCAUUUUAGUGGUAAAUGAUUCAAGUAAAAAAAUUUCCAGCGCAGUAGGAAUGAAGCGAUGUGUCCAAACAUCAGAGUUGUUAAAGUACCGCGCUGAAGUUUGUGUUCCUAAGAGAGUCGAGUUGAUGCAAAAAGCUAUUAUUAAUAAAAAUUAUCAGCAAUUUGCAGAGUUGACUAUGAAAGAUUCGAAUCAAAUGCACGCAGUGUGUCUUGACGCGUAUCCGUCUUUCAAUUACCUCACUGAUGUUUCUCACGCAAUUAUUGAUUUAAUUAAUUCUUACAAUGAAGUUAGUAAUACUAUUAAAGUCGCGUAUACAAAUGACGCAGGUCCAAAUACUGUUUUAUACCUUUUAGAAGAAAACGUUCCUCAAGUUCUUGGCCUUAUAGAUCAUUUCUUCCCUUCUACUGGGAAAGAUGAUUACAAAAGAGGGGAUUUCCCGAUUAGUAUUCCUCCAUCGAAGGAUUUAGUAGAAAAAUUGAAUUGUAAAAAGCACCAAGGAUCUAUAAAAAGUAUAAUUUACACCCGAGUCGGUGAAGGUCCCACGUAUCUUGAUGAUCCCAGCGAGCAUCUGUUGAAUAAUUCCGGACUUCCGAAAGGCCUUUAAAAAUAGGACCACAUUGUUACGUUUUUUAUAAUAAUAAAUGUAUACUAAUUUUUUUACUGAGGAUUUUAUACGGGUUUUUAUAAAUAUAUAUAAUAAAUUGUUUUCAUUAUUUG